AUGUACAAGGUACUGGAGCACAUUAUCCUGGACCGACUCAUUAAACAUCGCGAAGAAACAACGUGCUACCGGCAAGCUGGCUUUCGACCUGGCCGGUCUACGAUUAAACAGGUGUUCAUCGUCAGGAGAGUGAUCGAAAUCUGGCAGCGGUAUUCGAAGCCAAUGCAACUAGCGUUUCUGAACUUUCAAGCCGCGUUCGACUCUCCUCACCGAGGCCGUCUUCUCAACGUGCUCCGCGCCGAUGGAGUACCAGGAAAGUUCGCCCGCUUGCUUGAUGAAAUGAAUCAACGAACAACUGCUGCAGUUCGAACACCAGCCGGAUGUACAACACCGUUUGAAGUGGUAACUGGAGUAAGACAAGGAGCGGUGGCAGGACCCUUCCUGUUCAAUUUCGCCAUCGACGACAUUAUGCGAAGAACAGUCGACCAGUGUCCUGCCGACAUUGUCUUCGCACCAUCAGGGUGCCCCUUGACUGACCUCGAGUACGCCGACGAUGUUGUUAUAUUCGCGGAAAGCAGUACGAAACUUCAGCAUGUUGUCAACCUUGUAUCGAAGCUGGCUGCAGCCUACGGACUACGCCUACGCCCUGAUAAAUGCAAGCAGAUGUGGAUCUCUUCGAGACCUCGAAUGGGAAUCAGGGUGGACGGACAACCGAUAAAACUCGUCGAUGAGUUCUGUUACCUGGGCUGUACGCUGAAGAACAACGGCAGCUACGAGAGAGAUGUUUAG